AUGACAACUUCAACCACAAUACAACAACAAAACCUGCCUCCAGCUACCCCGCGCUACAUCCUUCGCGGCCAUGCAUCUGCAAUCCAAGCACUCCAUUUCUUCGCGAAAAACACACGCCUAAUUUCAGCAGAUGCAGAUGGUUGGAUCGUUAUAUGGGAUGUAGCCACAAAACGGGCUCGAGCAGUCUGGAAGGCUCAUGAGGGCGCCGUUUUAGAAGUGAAGGGUUACACGACGAGGCAGGGUAUGAGGAUUUAUACACAUGGACGAGAUCAUACACUGAGAGUGUGGAAAGUGACGUCAACAAAUGAAGAGGAGCUGUUGAGCCGUGUUCUGCCUGUUGAACGAAGUAGCAAAGAAGCAGAAAAUCAAGCACCGGCCCCAGAGCCGUGGUUGUUGCAUUCUCUGCCUGUGAAUGCGCUUAACUUCUGCGCAUUUACCCUUUGUUUUAUUCCAGCUUUGUCAUCGAAUGAGAAUGUUGAUGAUGCUGAGGAUGAGGCAUAUUUUGCCGUUCCUAAUGCAUUGAACUCUGGUGCGAUUGACGUUUUCCAUCUACCCUCUGAAAGGCGCGUGUCGACUAUACCUGCAGAUACAUCGGUUCAAACAGGCAUGGUCAUGGCUGUCAAGAUACUCAUAGAUAACACCCACUCUCAAGAUCCUUGUGUAUACAUGCUUUCAGGCUAUGAAGAUGGUCACGUCAUGGUCCAUGUCUCGCGACCACCUCCCGAGUCGUCCAAAGCUUGGAAAUGGGCUAAGUUAUACGUCUCGCGACCUCACAGUCAGCCGAUCCUGUCACUAGACAGUGUGCAAGCGGAAACGAACAAACUGCCUAGCUUCUUCUAUACUUCGUCCGCCGAUGCACUUAUCGUCAAACAUCCCAUUUCGUCUACAUCUGUGCAAAUGCCAUCGCAUGUCGGAAACACGCCAUCGAAAGUACUCAACACAAAACACUCCGGCCAGCAGGGUCUCUCCGUACGUGGAGACCAGAAAAUAUUUGCCACGGCUGGUUGGGAUGCACGGAUACGAGUCUAUUCCUGCAAGACUAUGAAAGAACUUGCUGUUCUCAAGUGGCACAGCGAGGGAUGCUAUACCGUCGCCUUUGCCGAAAUUAUUUCAUCUACAACUACAGAAGGCCGAUCUACACAGGAAGGCGACGAUUCCGCCAUACAACCACAAAACUCACCACUCGAAAUCGUACGGCAAGAAAGGAAUCAGAAAGCGCAGCAAACGCAUUGGCUAGCAGCAGGUUCCAAAGAUGGUAAAAUAUCAUUAUGGGAUAUCUAUUGA